CUUCCCCCGGCGUGCAACCGCUUCAAGCGGAUGGACUCAACGCUGCCGCGCAAGCCGCUGCAAGCGGCACGCGCGAGGCAUGGAGCCCUCAGCAAGAGGUUCCCCUCCAUCUUCUCGAGGUCCUCAAAGCGCGCGCCCGCAAACGGCGCGCUCCGGGCAGAGCGCGCGGAGCGCGACCUCCAAGAAUGCUGAGGAGUACAUCAUCUCGACGCAGAAGGUGAAUGACCCAGAUGAGCUUCCGAAGCUGGACACCAAGAUGCAGAGCUUGGAGAAGGACGGACAGACCGUGAAGAUGCCGUCACAGACCAACGUGUGUGCCUUGCAGCUCUGGGAAGUCUACUUGGCCGUGGCCAUUCUAUGCAUCCAGCCGCACUCUGACGUGCUGCACUUCCACAUCAAAGCGCUCUGUGAGCACGACGAGGACACGCAGCUGUGCGAAGCCGUGUUGCGGGAGCACUUGACCUGCUACAACGUAUUGGACGUGACACAGGAGACGUCCUUUGUGAGCUUUUUCGAGGAGUACAUGCGCCGGAAGUUUCAGCUUUCGUUCAAUCGGGACAACCUCAUGCAUUACAUUACGGACAUCAUGGAUGAUUCCUACUCUGGCUACAACGACAUCCCCCGGACCUUUCUGUUGGGCCCCUACGUUCAGGCCUUUCUUCUGCAAGACCGAUUUUUCGAGGGUCAGUACGACGAGAUGGUAGAUGCCAUGCGCAUGUACAACCUUCCGGUGAAUGAUGUGCUGAAGGAUGGGGAGGAGGAGAUCGGGGCAGACACCCAGGCUGUGAACUUCGACCAAGCCAGGAUGUAUGACGAUCCGAGCUUGAUCCUGAAGAAGCACGGGGGCUGGGCCCUGGGCAAGCCUGCACCGCUGCUCACCAAGAAGGACCAGCUCAUCAUGCGCCUUACCGGAUGCACCCUGGAUCAGCUUCUGGCCGGGCGCGACGUGCCAGAUUCCCCAAGAACAAACAUUCUUUCCCCAGAGGGACGACUGGCCGCGACUGCUGAAUCUGCCGAGAAGGAGAAGGCAGAGGAUGAGGACCAAGAGCCUGCCGAUGAUGGUGCCAGUGAGGGCAGCUCUCACGUCUCAGACUACAAGGUGGACCCCGAGCAUCCCAAGAUCGUGCCUUUCGGCCUGUCGCUGUCUGAGGCUUACGUGCUGAUUCGCGGCCUGCUGAUUGGCAUGACUGCUCGUCGGCAGGAUUGGAGCGGCAGUGUGGUGGGCCAGCGGUUGACCAGGCACUACCGAGACGGCCACAUGCUUUGCGGCGCGGUUCUCUGCGACCUUUACAUGCGAGAGCAGAUCGACGUGCAUCACUGGACUCUCCAAGAGGGCAGCAUUGCGGUCCCAUAUCAGCUCUCGCGCCGGAGAGGACUGGGCGAGAUGGAUCAUUACCUGGACCACUACGCCCCAUUUGCCGAAGCCAUGUUCCGCGACAUGCGGCUGCCGCAGUCCCUGUCUGAGGCGCCCAUUUGGGACAGCUUGGAGAGGAAGGGCCUCAUCGACAAUUACCGACCCUCUGGAGAGCGCAAGUGGGGGUUUAGCCAGCGUCAUGUGGAUGUGUGGGACUUCGCCCGCCGCGACCUGCUCCUGGAUAUUCGAGAAGGAUAUGUGACUGCUGCCCGGCUUCUCUACGACAAGAGCUUUGGUGACCCCACACAGGAGGAGCCGAACGACAUGCUCAUGUUCUGCUUUCUGCUGCAGUAUGCCUUUGACGUCAGCAUUGAAGCGAUCAACGGCUUCUCGCGGGUCAUGCAGACCUUGUGCCCUCCUUUUCAGAAGGGGGAGUUGUUCCCACCGCUGUCUGGAGUUCAUGCGGGCGCGGUGUGCGUCGGCCUCAUGGACCGGGCCUCGCGGCUGGCCCGGGGCAAGGACACUCAGCUGGCGGUGGAGGCGGCGGAGUUUAACCAGGUGGUGAUGCAGCGCCUGGAGGAGAAGUUCUUCUUGAGCCCCAAGAUCUUCGAAGCCAUGGACCAGGACCAAAGCGGCGAGCUCUCCAUGAUGGAAUUUGUGGAGGGCAUGCGGAACAUCGAUAUGUACAAGGAGUUCCGACACGAGCGCGUGCCUGAAGACGUGCUGCGGAUGAUCGUCGCGGACCUGGCCGAGCGGCUUUUUCAAGAGGUCGACGUGAAUGGAGAUGGCACCUUAACGGUGGAGGAGAUCGGCAUGGCCAUCCGAAGGCGGCGUGCCGAGGCUUUGAAGCAGCAGGAACAGCGGCAGUGGUUCCGCAAGCAAGUGACCGCCUUCCAGAAGAGGAUGGGCAUGAAGAAAGAGGAGGGCACCCGCAAGGAGGCGGUCCAGAAGGCGAAGGCGGAGGAGGUGGCAGUGAAGGUCAAGGAGCACAAGCGCCGCUUGGAGUGGCAGGCGGAGGUUGAGCGUGUGCAACCCCCCGACGCAGAGGCGGACAUCGACACCGGCAUUUCGGUGAGCCUCACUGUGUGAGCCAGAUCCAGACGGCUUUGAAGGUGCUGACGAUGACUUCGGCGACUCCGCGAAUAUGCUCACAGAUCUGGCGCGCACGAAGAGCCUGGUGAUGAGGAACUGCAGCCUGACCCUGAAGAUCUGGGAGUCUUGACAGUCUUGAGCAUGGAUGAUCCGUGCUCCGAGAAGACCCGGAUGUCGCUUGGAGAUCAAUGGCUAUGGUGCUGGUGGCGAGCAGAGUGAGUGCACAGAUUGGAAUCGUAGAGAGGCAGCGAGUACGGCUGAU